GGUGUGGCAGCUGAGUGUUGGUAGUGAUGGAGGAUUUGAGCGAACUGUGGUCUGAAGCUGUCGCGUGGCUUGGUACCAUCCAAGUUAGUACUGCGUGUCUAAGCAAGGUGGUGGCGACCUUGCGAUCUGCGGCGGCCGAAAAGAUGACGCCGUCGCUCACGUGGACCCGGAGGAAACAGCGAAGCAUGAUGGAGAUUACAUGGGGGGUGGAGGGGGGGGGACCGCCCUGUUUGAAAGCGUGUAUUGAUGGGCCGCGAUGGCGCGAUUUGAUGCGGUGCUUCUACGAGGAGCUUGAGGAGGGGCAAGUUCUCUGCGCUGCAUUGGAAGAUCGAUGGUACGAUGAUGCUGAUAAUAUCGUGGAAGACGAUCUGGCCGAUUGCACCAACGCUGGACAUGAUCAGGCUAAUAACACCAUCGCCGACGACGCCAUCAUGACCAACAGCAACGAUGAUAACGAUCUCGCCCGCCUCGCCGAUGUCUACAACAACAACAACAACAACAACAAUAACAACAACAACUACAACAACACCAACGACAAGAACAACAACAGUAACAAGCCAAUAUUGUCUGUGACCAGCUCGCUCAUUUCUUCACAAGCCAUGAACAGCAACAUCAACAACUACACCAUGCCUGUGACUGUGCCGCUGGUAUCUACACAGGCCAUGAGCAUCGACAGUGACAACUACAGCAACAACAAGGAGGCUGCGCACGACAGUGCCAUGGACAGAAGGAAGCGGUGUUCGUGCGCGGCAGGGAGCAAUGAUAUCUACAACAAUAACAAUAUCGGCAGAUAUGGUGAAGUAUCUGCGUAUGGUCAUUUUUCUUCCCCCCCUCUCCCUCCCUUCCUGUUUUCUUUUUCGUGUGAUUCUGGCGUUGAUUGGGGAGACGGGCGAGAGGGUCAGCCGAAUGGAGUGCUCAGCAAACAGGAGGGCGGCGUGGGGGUGUGGGGAGUGGGAUGGUGGCGUGAGGGGGUAGGAUAGCGAACGCUGGAUCAGCCAGGUUGCAGGUGAGGGGUUGGCUUCACCGUAUCUAGUCUUUGCGUUUUUAACCAUUGGUUGAUCAGGAUAGUCGGGGGAAUACUCUCUUUUGCUAUGAAUAUAAGUCUUCUCCACGUGGCAAGGCAGGAUGUGAAGUGCUGUUAGGUAUCAGGGCUGCCCAUGUGAUUCAUUUCUGUCCUGCCACAACGGCAGACACAGCGAAAUAGCGCAAUCAAACUUUGUCCAGAGA